UAUAAUAGAAAACGUUCCUGUUGCAAAGAGAGACAAGUUUUUCUGGAUUUUGAAAAUCAAAAGCAAACCUCCCAUGAAAUAUUAUAGACUACAACCUCUUCACCAUUGAAACCCCUUCAGAAAUUCACAGCUUUGCAAUGGACCGAGACCAGUGCUACACAACAGAAGAACCGCAGUUAGAAACUCCAACAGAUAUUACUACAUUUUCUGCAAUCACUCAGUCAGAUGAAGAAGAAAAUGAAAUUGAAAUUGCAAAUUCAUUUCCACCAGACAACAAAAAUCCAGAAACUGUUGGCCUUCCAGAUACCACUGAGGCCCUGAGCCCUCACUCUUCAAUGACAACUAAGGAGCUUCAGGAAUACUGGAGAAAUGAGAAACGCCGCUACAGACAAGUCAAACUCCUUUUUGAAAUUCCAUCAGCCAGAAUUGUAGAACAGCACUUCUCUAAAUAUGUGAUGUACAAAGUCAUUGUCAUCCAGACAGGUAGUUUUGAUGUCAACAACUCUGUCAUUGAGCGUCGUUAUUCAGAUUUUGAAAAACUGCACAAAAAUCUUUUGGAGGACUUUAGUGAAGAAAUGGAAGAUGUGACCUUUCCUAAAAAAACUCUGACUGGUAACUUCACAGAGGAAAUAAUCAAUGAGCGAAAAUUAGCCUUCAAGGACUACCUGAGAAUUAUGUAUUCCAUGAAAUAUGUCCGGAGAUCCAAAAAAUUUAUAGACUUCUUCAUGAGACGAGAGCUGGAGGAAGGUUAUGGGUGUCUGAGAGGAGGUCAAUACGCUAAAGCUUUGGAAAUACUUGUGCAAGCAAUUGCUUUGCAAGAAAAAUUGACAAAACACAACCCUCUUUUAAUAGUCUCUACACUCUGUGCUAUUGUUGUGUGUCACAAAGACCUGGAGAACCCACGAAGUGCCUAUGAAUAUGGAGAAAAAGCUUUAUUACGCCUACAGCUGUGCACCAGCCAUAAGUAUUAUACUGCAUUGCUAGAGACAAUGAUCACUUUGGCAUAUGAACUUGGGAAGGACUUUGUAUCCUUACAAGAGAAACUAGAAGAAAGCAAGGCAAAAAGACACCACGCAAAAGUAUUUACCCUAAAAGAACUUGCAGUUCGAGAAUAUGUACACUGAGUACAAGGAAAAAAAUUAUGCUUCUAUUUUAUUGACUACUCUGAGUCAAUGAAGACAAUGGACUCCAAAAUGUGUUCCUAAAGCAAUUGAUCCUGAAGCUCAUAGAAAAAACCGACAGCAAAAGUUAGGACUAUGGCAUUUCCAAUGUAUAAAAUGUAAAAGACACGCAGUCACGUGUGUUGCAUAUGGUAUUAGCUACAGUCCAAGUUGCAUAUGGCAGGCUUGGUUGGCAACCAGAAAGUGGCUGAUGUGCAUGGGGUUUUGCUAAUCCUGCAAGCCCAUCUCAGUCAGCACCUGAACAUCAACUUGCUUCACCACUCUAUGUAGCAGACAGUACAAACCCAGGAUUAAAUGGUUUAAAUAGCAGCCAGAAAGUACAAUCAGCAGCUUGAUUGUUUAAUUGCUUUUGCUAGAGUUCUAGGUACUAACAAGCAGGCACGGCCUAAACACACAGUGUUCUAGAAGGAACCACAAGAGGCACUUGUUUUUAAGCAGGGUCUUCAAGAAUCAACAGAAGCCUGGAAAUGCCUUGUGCUAUUUGCACAUUUAAAUAGGUGCCCAUGUUAUGGCUUGCUCAGUAUAUAGUACCAAGAAACACCAAAGUUUCCUAAAAUGGGAAUAAACGUGUGAAUUUUUUUAGCUUGUUCAUUUUCACAGCAAUUUGUGCAUAGCCAAUUUCACGGUGUCAUCUGUCUAAUCCAUCAGAAUAGGGCUGCCAGCAUAGAGGAGUCCCUAAAUAUGCGUGGAAUCACAGACUUUAUUCUUUUUUUGCUAAAAUUCCUUUGCAAGACAGUGUGUGCUAACCAUAAGAAAAUGUUUCUAGAAGAAAUAAAAAGAAACAUUCAAAACAUGCUAUUUAAGGGGUGUUCUUUCAGAAAUCAUGUUCAUAUUUCCUGCACCUGUGACUGAAGUAUUGUUAACGAGCAGUCAGCCAUUUCCAGAUAUGUAAUAUCAGGUGGUCUUAUCCUGCUGCCACUGAGCUCAGCAGUUGUUUUACAAUUAAUUUCAGUAGGAGUAUGACUGUGCCAGUGGUCAUCUUUUCACUGGCGUUAGGGUUUAUAUUUAAUAUCCUUUUUGUAGCUGAUAGGAUUUCAUAGCUUGCAUCACAUUCCCUUUUUUGAGCAGUUUUUAAAUGCAGCUUUGACUUGAGUGGAAAAUACAUACCACAUGUAAAGUGAUGGAACAUCUGGCUAAUAAAGUGGUAGCUUUAAUACUGAUAGUCAAGCUGUGAGACACAUGGUCAACAGGCAAUCUAUAUAGAGCAUGAGUUCCUACCCAGACUUACAGAGUUUGGUGUAAUGUGUACAGUACAUUUAGUUUUAAAAUCUAUUUGUAUGAGAGAAAUGUCACCAAGCAGGCAGUGAAGUUUCACUGGUGAUCAUUUCAGGAACCUCAUGUACAGGUACAGAUAUGGAGCUUGCCCUAGUCCUGACAUUUCUGUGAAACUUCAUGACAGUUGGGACAGUCUGUACUUGCCUACAGUUGGAAGGCAUUAUCUUUAUUCAUCCAUUUUGAUGGUUCUCUCAGAAGUGCUAUUUGCAUAAUUAUGGAAAUCAUUUUUAAUAUUGUAAUGAACUGGUUAAUGUUUGUGUGGACCUCCUCCCUCUUCUGAACACAAUCAGAAUGUUUCAGCUUGCUUUUGGAUCAGGAGGAAAUGAAUUCUGCCUUUGUUUUUAGUCUUAGCUGUAAGGUCAUUUUUCUGUAGCUUCCAUAAGUACAUGUUAUGAGUUGUUAUAGUAUGUCUAUGAAUGCUGUGAGCUGUCAUAGUAUAUCUAUCUAGUGACAGUGAUCUGAUCUUCAUUUAACACAACUGGAAAAUUGGGCAAUAAUAAAUUGUAAUCCUAGUAGUUAUAGUGCAAUAUUUAGAAACAAACAAGCCCCCAUACCUCAAACUGAAGUCAGCGGUAUCUAUGGGUAUUCAGCCCUUCUGAAACAUUCAGGCCCUUCAAGAAUCUCUCUGUGGCCUUCUACAACCCCACAGAAAGAACGCAAGAGACAGCAUUGUUACUCAACUGCACCAGUUGAAAGGAUCAACUGGUUUAAAAAUGCUUUGAAUAUGGAAAGCAUUAUUGGUGCCCACAUGGCCCAGGGAUGAAUGCCUGAGAAAUACUUUAUUUGAUAAAAAUAUACAAACAAAAUAAAACUGUAUUCAAACACCAACUAUAUUUUAGUCAAUAAAAAUAAAUUAUUAACAAGGAAGGUCAGAAAAAAGCAAACACACACCAAAACCUUAAAGCUUAGUAGCAGCAGUAAAAAAAGCCAUUGCAGGGGAGUAGGGGCUAAACAUCCUCAAACAAAAUACUUCAGACUAAGAAUUCUGGAGGACAACUUGACAGGAGCAGUCAUGACCCUUUUCCCUGACUGCACCUGCCUGUACUUAAGCACACAAAGUGCAGGGUUUCAGUAGGACAAAACAGUUAGUCCUCAUAGUUUAUGGAAGACAAAAGUCUACUUCCCUACUUCUGAUCUCAAAAUGGACAGGAAGGAAAGGAAUCCAUGAUCCCACUCACCUCCCAAACAGUUUGUGGAUUAGGCAUAGAAACAGAGUCCUAACAAGCAGUUUCUGGUUGGCAGCAGCAGCUGAAGCAAAGGUGGUGAACUGGCAACAGCAGCAGCCACCGUUCUCAUGCCUCCACUGGUACCCAGGGCUGGUGCCCUGCUUAUCCACUCCUAGUGAUGCUACUGCUUAGAGUGGUAGACCCUCCUAACUCCCCAUGCAGUGACAAAGGAGCUUACAGAAGAAUUUGACUUCAAGUAGCCCCUAGACCAGGGCUGGGUAAUUAUUUCAGCUGGAGGGCCACUUAAUGAGUUUUGGUGACUUGUCAAGGACUGCAAGGGUAGCCUCAGGUCUUGACAGGUGCCCCACCCUCUAGUUGCCAUUUUGGGACCAGAAGUCCCACCCCUAACCUCUGACCUUUGCCACCAGAAGUCCCUGCCCCUGCCCCCAGAAGUAUUCCCUUUGGGAGGGUGGGUAAGGGUUGUUAUAUUGGAACUGCAAAUAAAACAAAUCAUAUGCUAAAAAAAUCAAACAUCUACCAUAAUAUUUCAAAAUUUUAUUUAAAAAAAUAUUUUAGUCCUGAUUUACAUGUGUUUGUGUAGUGUAUAUAGAGGUGAUUGCAUAAUAGCUCAAAAAUAAAGUCUUACUCUUGUA